AUGUGGCUUGUUGAUACUGAGCUGUUGCAGUUGAGGCAGGUCACCGACGAAAAACAAUUACCAUUCGCUAUCCUUUCCCAUACUUGGCAAGCUGGAGAGGAAGUCACAUUCCAGGAAAUGCAAGACCUCGACGCCGUCAGCCACAAAUCUGGCUUUCACAAAAUCAAAAGCGUGUGUCGGAUAGCGCAACGAUAUUGGAAGUACGCUUGGAUAGACACCUGCUGUAUUGAUAAAACCAGCAGCGCCGAGCUCAGCGAGGCGAUUAACUCCAUGUUCCGAUAUUAUCGGGCCGCGGAGGUAUGCUACGUGUUCCUCUCAGAUUUCUCCACGCUCCCUUCGCGAAUCCCAGAGAGAGAAAGGCUUGCCCGAGUAGCAGAAAACUUAAAGAAUUGCAAAUGGUUCACGCGUGGGUGGACGCUCCAGGAGCUCAUAGCCCCCAGGAGGUUGGAAUUCUUUGAUGACCACUGGAACUUUUUGGGAGAGAAGGCCGACUUGGAGGGACCGCUCUCCGAGAUCACGAAUAUUGACGAAUCGGUAUUGAAGGAUAGCUCGCGGCUCUAUGCGAUACCUGUCGCGAGACGGAUGUCGUGGGCGUCCGGUCGGCAGACUGCAAGGGAAGAGGAUGUAGCAUAUUGCCUGCUCGGUAUUUUCGACAUCACGAUGCCUCUCCUAUAUGGAGAGGGCUCCAAGGCCUAUUUACGUCUACAGCAGAAUAUUGCUAUGGAGAACUCGGACCUCAGUAUCUUUGCAUGGGAGUACAGCAGCAAUCAGGCAGUUUCCAGCGGCGACGAUUUGGAAACCUGGCAGAACGACAAUCAGUACUCCGGUAUCUUUGCUGAGUCGCCGGCAAACUUUUCGAAAUGUGCUACACUGCGAAUGCACAGGGCUAAACUCACUUAUAUGGAGGAAAUGACAAUGACCAAUAUUGGUCUUCGUCUCAGCGGUGCGCACAUAACCACUCAUCUCAACCAUAUUGUUCUUGGCCUGAACUGCCUGCGGCAUUCACAUGACGACGGCUCGGUGGAAUGGAUGGGGAUUUACUUGGAAAGAUUCGGCCUCACCUACAUACGAACGAGACCGUUUAUGGUUCAUGCGAGUGCUUCCAAGCAUUUCUGGGGAAAGGCGCCGGAAAGGGUCACUCAGCCUAUCUAUAUUCAGCCUCGGCUUCUUCCAGCUGAGAUCAAGAGGACAAGUGCCUUGUUGGAGAACGUCGUUGUUGUCCGAUACGAUCAGGACAUUGCAAAGUUGAUUGAAGCACGCCAUGGAGUCCCUGAUAUGGCAUACACGGAGACAGGACCGACGGCCAACUCAUUGCAACAGGCAACUUCGACUCGACUAAGGGCCAUCCUGGAGACGGAGGAACGCGCGAAUCCUUUUGGCGGGGCUGUCUUCCGAACAAAUGUCGCCGAAGAGUUUGUCGGUAUCCAUCUAAUCAGGGUGAAGGUGGGCCCUAGCGCUGAUACUUCCACCAAAAUCGGCCUGGUGAUCUGCCUGCAGUGGGAUGGGGCUGAGUUGAGGCUCAGCUAUGCCUUGUAUGAGAGCACCUCGGAUUUGAUGAAAUACAUCGAUAAAGAGCCCGAGCCAACUGAAUCUGCAGGCUACCUGGAAAGGCUUCAGGAUUUCUUCCUCGAGAAUCGAUCUAUCUCUGACCUAACGGGCCUUCUGAGCCAGGAAAAGAUGCCCACCAUGAAGGAUAGAAGCUUGUUAUCUCGCACGGACAGCUACUUCUACUUGCUUCUUAGAUCUAAGAUCAUUCCGAAUGGGACCACUUGA